UUGUCAGUAAAGCCAGCCCUCGGUAUUUAUCACGCUAUUGACGUGCUGUUAGCGAAUGGGAGCGGGCGGCCUGAUCUCUCGCCCGGCGAGGUCAUUCCGCUUUCAGUUGGCACUUGUUGCUCAGACCUCCUGGGUAUUAAGACUCACCGCGCAUAUUCAUUUUUUAAACUAAUAUUUCCUAGUAAUCGGGUGGGAAAUAUCGAUGGUUGGAGCGGAAUACAGUCACUUUUGACACCUGAAAGUUGAUCGAGAUUAGUUCGAUAUCUUAUUAACUAUAACGGGAGGAGUAUGGUUGAUAACACCGGUAUGGCAACAAAAUCUGCUUUGCAAACCGCCUUUUCAUCGGCGACCUCCCUUCCCAUACUGGUGUCUCCCGGCCAGACUCACAGCCACUUCCCGGGCUCGCAGUCUCAUCAACCGGCCGGCGGCAUGAAGCUGGAGGCGGUCAUGGAGAACCUCCAGCGGCAGCAAGCUGCGCGCCUGGCCGUACAGGAAAGACUCCGGCAGGCGGAAAAGGAGAAACACAUACGGAGCCUGGUGGAAGCACAGAUUAAACAUCGAACACUGGCUCUCGGCCACUACCAGGCAGCCAUCCAAAGCGCUUUGGCUGCGGGGGAGCCCGGCUCGCCCUUGGGGACCAGCUCUGAAAACAGGCAACACGUUAACCGAGACUUAAGUUACAAUGAAACGGAAGAGCAGUCGGACUCAGCCAGCGAGCUGGCGGACGAUCCCGGCACAGACGCCGAAGAUCGGGAUCUGGAGGAAAGUGGUCUGGAGAAUGGGGGAGUCGCGUCUGACGUAGCGGAGGGAGAGUCGAGGGGCUCGCAGUCCCGCAGCUCUUUGCAGGGGGGCACAGCAGCGCACACACUGCCCAGGGCCGGCCGGCAGCCGGGACGGUCGCAGUCGCCUGGGGGAGCGGCGCAGCACGAAUGGACUUACGAGGAGCAAUUCAGACAGCUGUAUGAGCUGGAUGAUGACGAGAAGCGGAAGGAGUUCCUCGACGAUCUCUUCAGCUUCAUGCAGAAGCGAGGGACCCCGGUGAAUCGGAUUCCUAUCAUGGCCAAGCAGGUGCUGGACCUCUACACCCUGUACAAGCUCGUCACGGAGAAAGGAGGCCUGGUGGAGGUCAUCAACAAGAAGAUAUGGCGAGAGAUAACCAAAGGCCUGAACCUUCCCACUUCCAUCACCAGUGCUGCUUUCACUCUGCGCACGCAGUAUAUGAAGUAUCUGUACCCGUAUGAGUGUGCCAAGCGGGGGCUCAGCUCGCCAGGGGAGCUGCAGGUCGCCAUCGACAGUAACCGGCGAGAGGGACGCAAGCAGGGAUUCGGCACCGGGCUCUUCUGCUACCCGCCCGUCGGAACCGCUGUGGCCCUCACCCCGCCAAAGGUCCCGUUGGCUCACGCUGUCGCCCCCCCACUCAGCAGCGGUCGGGCUGCUCCGGUCAGGGUGGUAAAGAACGAGGAGAACACGCUGCCCCACUGCAUGAGCUCGCAGAUCCCCGUCGCCGCGGCGAUGGCGGGUCACCACCUGGCCGCGGCGCAGGCGGCGGCCCUGGAGCAGCUGCGCGAGACGCUGGAGUGUGGCGAGCCGCCGCGGAAGAAGGUGCUGCUGGCGGCCGAGGAGCAGCAGAUGAGCGUGCAGCGCGCGCUUCAGCGAGACCUCGUCACCAUGGCGACGCAGCUUCCCAUGAACAUAAAGCUGAACAGCAGAGAUGACAGGCAGGGAAACGCAUUGAACCUGUCUACCAACGGCAUUAGCAGCAUCAACAUGUCAAUAGAAAUAAAUGGAGUUGUCUACACAGGUGUCCUGUUUGCUCGGAAGUCAGCCAUUGCAGGCCUUCCCAGCCGGAGCAGGAAUGGUCUCCAGGAAUCUCAGGGAAAGUCCAUCCUGGUUCCGGCAGCACACAGCCAGUCCCCUGCCUCCUCAUGUUCAUCGGGGGCCAGCGGGUCUGCCUCUGGGGGCCCUGUACCCUGAAUAUUGAAAUGCUCAUCCAGUCAACAGAACUGUCCUACUAAGUCCUCCAUCUGUUUGUGAUUUUUCCAGGAAGGAAACAUAGAAUUGAUAUAUCAGGAUUAUAUCGGGAGUGAUAUAUAUAUAUGAAUCUGACCUUGCAAAGAUUGUGGUCAGUUGUGGUCACAUAGAUACAUAAUUUGUCUCAUAUAUUUUCUCCGUAAGCAUUGGGAGAACAUUUAUGUGAUGAAUCUAGUCAUGUAAAAAAAAACACUGUCGUUGCAAAUGAAAAAUCAGAAAGCUACCGCUCAAAGCUGAUACCAAAGACAAACAGAAAUGACAUGUUGAUGUACUCUAGCUCAUUGUAUGAGAUUUCGUAGGUCAUGUCCUUUGACGGUAAGAUCAAACUGCGGCACACAUAUUGAAAAGUGGCCGAUUCCAACUGCAAAAACUGAGGAACUGCUGUACUUCUGUACCCUCUGUUGCAACAACACAAAUUACAACCAUCAGUGAAUGAGUGCUACCUGCUUGGAAUGGCCUUUAUCCAGUAGAGGAAGAACUCUUUGACCCCAAUGGUGAUCAAGCCUACACAAUGUCAUCGUUUUCCUACACUUCCUGAUCUCCUCACAGUCAUUUAAGGCUGGAGACGCUGUAGGAACGUCCGCUCGUGUUUUAUCAAGUGACACUGUGAAAUCUUGUUUGCAAGCAUCCUCUCUCGUGCUUCUGUGUGUGAUGUGAAGAGCGUCGUCGUAAGUAGCCUGGUUGGGACACAAUGAGGGCAGCCUGAAACUACGGUGAUUAUGGGCCAAAGAUCAUGCAUAACCCUGUGGCCAUCUGAUAGACCUUCUUAUGACGUUUUACCCUUCAGUUUCUGUUACCACGGUUUCCAGUUCCACAUGGGCAUGGGAUGGAGUUGCAUGAUGCACCUUGAGCUUUACAAGUAAUGGAUACAGCAGCUCGGAUCUGAAGGAGCGAGUGCAGAUUGGUGGCUCUGCACGCCGUAAAUAAAAAUGGUCCCAUCAUACGAGAGCUGGUGUUGGCCGUAUUCUGCUGUCCUCACGGGACCUUUUCCGUGAUUGAGGACCAGUUGUGUCGGACUAACUUGAACCGAACUGGCUUUCUGUUACUAUUGGCAAGGCGGGUGGCACUGAUGCUUUAGAUGACUACUUAUCGUAGUGCCUUCCCCUACGUCGGGUUAAGAGGUUUGAUGGUGCGUUGGAUUUAUUACUGGUGGUUGGCAGAAACUGUUACAUUUUUUUUAGCCUUUUACUGUAAUGUGAUUCUUCGAAUAUUACGCACCUGAUCAUUUUUAAAGUACAAAGAACUACUUGUUGAUCAGACUCAUUCAGCUCAUUCAGUUUGCGCCUGUGUCUAAAAUGAAAAAUGAGCUGUUGACAGUACAAGCUUCACAGGAAGUCCCACCUCCUCACGGAGCUCCUCUCAUGUUCUCUUUGCCGGACCCUCACCCCCAUUUUACCCAGUUUGUUUGGCUCCUUUACAUCCCAUAUUUUGAUUUUAAAUGUGAACAAAGAAGUUUUAAGUUCUGUAUUUAAUAACAAUAUGGGUUGUAUAUUUUCAGCAUAAUAAUGUGAUACUGAAGUCGCCAAAAAACAUUUCCCGGAACAACACUACUUCACAAUAGCUUGCUUUGUCCCUUUUUAUGUGUUUGCAGCAUUAUAUUUGCGGUUCAAUUUUAGUAAAUGUAGUAUAAUUUCAUAGAGUAGCUAAAUUUGACAACACACCAUUAUAAACUCGUUUUGUAGUUUGGGUCGUCUUGCAUCUGCACUCGGUGUCCCUGAUAAUCGACAGAAUGGACAGAACACGUGAACGGGCGCAUCAGGAAACAAAAGGAACAGAUUCUGUAAAAUAUCGAAUUGUGAUCUGGGUGGUCUUUGACAUUAACGAGAGGCCUUGUGAACGUCGUUUAUUUGUUUGCUAUUGUGACAAGAAAAAAAUCCACGGGAAACAAAUAAAUGUUUUAUAUUCUUAUGUGUUUUUUUUUUUUAGUAGUAUUUGUAUCGUUUAACAUGUUUUGUAUUUUUUUUAAUUUAUUUUAGUUUUUUAAGGUUCAUACUGGGACUGUAAACAGGAAUGUUAUAUUUGUCUGUAGGUUUGUGAACAGCCUGAUACCUCAUAUCUGUAUAUGCAUAAUAGAUUCUAAAUACCAAAUAUACCUCAUGAUUUUAUUUCCAUUAUUUUAAAAAUAUCCUGUCCAUUUGGAAAGCAACGUUUGUGUCAAGAAAUCACUGGAUGCUGUCAUAUUUGAAAUGUUAUAUGUUAUACCAAAGAGGGGAAUAUUUUAUAAUAUCAUCUACCUCGUUUAUAUGGGCUGUGCCAAAAAGCUUGAUCACAAUCCUAUCCGCCAGUUUGAAAUGUAGAUCUGAGGCUGUCACAUGGAACCUGCUGAACACAUACGCAACAAUGUCGGAAAAUCGUGUGAGAAAAUCUUUUUUUUUUUACAAUGUAUUCUGCUGCCUGAAAUGUUUGUCCACAGUGUCAUGUUAAAAAUGAUCAGAUACUCUUAUAAGGGUAAAAGUAAAUAUUUAAAAAAUGUUUGUACAAUAAAAAUAAGAAUAAAAACUUAGGCAUUAAGUUUACUAAAAUAUUGGGUUCAUAUU